CUUUUCAAGUUAGUCCGGCCGGCGUCAGAGUUCAGAGAGCUGACGACUCUGACGCCCAAGAAGUUGAGAGAGAAAAUGAAAUUGGCGGUUGUGGGCUACCUGAUGGUGGCCGCCACCGUCGUCGUCUUCCUCACCUUAUCACCAACUUCCCGUAGAUUGGGUCGCCACCUACACGGUGGUCGCCGUCUGGGACACAAGCAUGCACCGUUCGACCCACUCGUCGGGAAGAUGGAGAGAAGGAUGGAGGAAGAAAGAUCAGGAGGAUCUACAGAUGAAAAUCAUCAUCCAAUGAGUAGUAGUAGUACUACUUCUUGGGAUAAUUCGACCGUCGAUUUGAGUAGUGAUGACACUAAAGAAGAAGAAGGAGAAGAAGAGUAUUUUAAGGAUAUUAAGGGCAAGUUAAGGUUAAACAUAACUAUGAGGUUGUUGACAAUGUUUCCCCUCAUAGAUAAGGAUCCUAAAGAUGGGUUUAUUAGUUUGAAGGAGCUUGAGAUUUGGAAUGUGGAAAGAGCAGUUGAACGCUUGAAUUAUAAGACCUUGAAGGAGAUGAGGCGGCGCGAUGAGGAUGGUGAUGGCUCUCUUAGUCUAUUUGAAUGUCUCCAUCAGUUCUCCCUUAAAAACUUAGAGAGUAACGACAUGACUCCUGGUCAAGUUGGUUGGUGGAAGGAACAAUUUAAUAAUGCAGAUGUAGAUGGCAAUGGAUUUCUCGACCUUCAUGAACUAAACGAUUUCUUGAACCCUAAAGACAGUGAAAAUGAAGAAAUUCAAGUAUGGUUGUUAAGAGAAAAGAUAAGGUACAUGGACGAUGAUAGGGAUGGAAAACUCAAUUUUGUUGAGUUUCAUGACCAUGCAUAUGACAUUUACAAGAACCAUGCUGAAUAUGAAUAUCAUAAAAAAGAUAUACCAAAGCCUGAACAAAAAUUUGCAGAGCUUGAUUUGAACUUUGACAAAUUUUUGACAGCUGAAGAGUUGUUACCCAUACUACAUCAGCUUUACCCAGGAGAAAUCACUUAUGCUACAUACUAUGCAAAGUUUCUAAUUCAUGAGGUUGAUGGUGAUAAAGAUGGGAAGCUGACUAUUAAUGAAAUGCUCAAUCAUGAAGAGAUUUUUUACAGCAAAGUGUUUGAAGAAGAAUUCGAUAACAGCGAUGAUGAUGACGAUGAAUAUUACGAUUAUGAUGAUUAUGAUGAUGAUGAUGAUUUUCGUGAUGAGUUUUGAUGAAUCUUGCACUACUAUUUCUCUUAGUUCAAGUCAUUUGGUAGGAUUUUCCUCCACUUUUGUGUGGAUGGAUGUGUAAUAUCAGUGUAAUUAGGUAGGAGAAAAUGUUAGUUACUGUUAUUUUGUCAAGAGAAAAUGCCUGUAACUAUUAUUGGUUUAUGUUGAAUAUUUCAAUCACAUUGGUGGGGAUAAGUUGCCACCUUUCCCCUAGCCCAUUCCCUGAAUCAUUAUGAAGCAGUACCCUUACAGCAUUCAUACCUUAGAUGCAAAACAAUCUUUGGCAUGCUUUUAUUUGUGUUUUCAUCUUAUUAUUAAGAAUAA